AUGCCUGUUCUCAAGCCCCUUUCGGGCGACGGUGAUGCGCCGCAGCAACACAAGCAACCCUCGAGAAAAGGCAAGAAGGCGUGGCGGAAGAACGUCGACGUUACCGAGGUGCAGGACGGUCUUGAUGAGCUGAACAAGCAAAUCAUCACGGGUGGUGUCGUCGCAGAGAAGGACUCGGCCGACCUCUUCACCCUCGACACCGUCGGCAAGAUCGAGAAGCGCCCCAAGCCUAAGAAGACCCUUAAGUCGGAAGAGAUUAUUGCCGCCCGCUCCUCCGUGCCCGCCGUCUCCUCCCGCAAGAAGCGCGAAAACGAAAGCACCAAGACGGCCAACGGCCUCCUGCCCGUGAAGCGCCAGCGCACCGACUGGGUCUCGCACAAGGAGCUCGACCGCCUGCGCAGGGUCGCCGAUGGUCAAGAAGAGUCGAGCAUUAUUCCCCAGGAAGCGACGUAUGAUCUCUGGAGCGCCACCGCGCCUGCCGUUGUAGCGGCGGCAAAGGCGGACCCCAGCACCACCAAGGAAGACAACUUCCUCCCGCCCGUGGUGAAAGCCAAGCCUCCCAAGACACUCAAGCACAAGCCUCUUUCCCUUGCCGCCAGCGGCAAGCAGAUCCCUGCGGUUCUCAAGCCGACGGGUGGUUACUCGUACAACCCGACGUUCGACGACUACGCCGACAGGCUCGAAGAGGAGAGCGCCAAGGCAGUGGCGGCGGAGCAAGCGCGUCUGGCCGCCGAGGAGGCGGAGCGCGUCAAGCGUGAAGCCGUCGCCCGGUCCGCAGCCGAGGCCGAGGCGGCCGAGGCCCGCGCACAGCUGUCCGAGUGGGAUGAAGACUCGGCCUGGGAAGGGUUCGAGAGCGGCGUCGACGACGACAAACCGUCCCUGAAGCGACCGCAGCGCAAGACGCCGCAACAGAGAAACCGCAUCAAGCGUCGCAAGGAGGCCGAGCGCGAGGCCAAGCACCAGCUUGCGAUGAAGAAGAAGGCAGCGCAGGCGGAGCAGAUUAAGCAGAUCGCCGCGGAGAUUGCCGAGCGGGACGCAUCCAAGAACGCGCUGGCGUUGGCGAAGGAGGUCGGUGAGGGCAGUGACGCGGAUGAUGAUGACGAGGUCGUCGACGAGGGCCGUCUGAGGAGGAGACAGCUCGGCAAGAUGAAGCUGCCGGAGAAGGACCUUGAGCUGGUGCUCCCUGAUGAGCUUCAGGAUUCGCUGCGCUUGUUGAGACCGGAAGGAAAUCUGCUCAAGGACCGGUACCGCAGUCUGCUCGUCCGCGGCAGGGUGGAGGCCAGGAGACAUAUUCCGUUCAAGAAGCAGGCGAGGACGAAACUCACGGAGAAGUGGUCGUACAAGGACUUCAAGAUUUAA